AGGCGGUGCUGAGCUGUCUCUGAUGGGAGUUCCGCUUCGGCAUCUCGUCUUCUUCUUCGCGGGGGCCUUCCGCGCUUUUGUCAAGGAGCGUCUCUCCGAGCAAAGUGCUUGACCUGCGACAGCAACGGCUGGAGUGGGAGAAAGCCCCAGGGUGACAGAAUUCUAAUCAUGUCUGACAAGAGUGAACUAAAGGCAGAGCUAGAGCGCAAGAAACAACGCUUGGCUCAGAUUAGAGAAGAAAAGAAGAGAAAGGAAGAAGAAAGGAAGAAAAAAGAAACUGACCAGAAAAAAGAAGCUCUUCCUGUACAAGAUGAGUCUGAUCUUGAGAAGAAGAGACGAGAAGCUGAAGCCUUGCUUCAAAGCAUGGGUCUAACACCAGAUGCUCCUAUGGCUGUGCAACCUCUACGACUAGUAACAGCGGAUACAUGUCUGUUUCACUAUUUAGUCCCCCCUCCUAUGUCUCCAUCUUCAAAAUCCGUGAGCACACCAAGUGAAGCUGGCAGCCAGGAUUCCGGUGAUGGUGCUGUUGGUUCUAGGACGCUGCAUUGGGAUACUGAUCCAUCAGUUCUCCAGCUCCACUCUGAUUCCGAUCUGGGACGGGGGCCCAUUAAAUUGGCAAUGUCCAAAAUUACACAGGUUGAUUUCCCUCCUCGAGAAAUGGUCACGUACACCAAGGAGACUCAAACACCAGUUCUGACUCAGCCAAAAGAAGAUGAGGAUGAAGAAGAUGAUGUGGUUGUCCAAAAACCACCAGUUGAACCUGAGGAAGAAAAAACGUUGAAAAAGGAGGAGGAGGAGGAAGUUGCCCCUCAUGAAUUGACAGAAGAAGAAAAGCAACAGAUUUUGCAUUCUGAAGAAUUUCUGAGCUUCUUCGACCACUCUACGAGGAUUGUAGAAAGAGCUCUUUCUGAACAAAUUAACAUUUUCUUUGACUACAGUGGCCGAGACUUGGAAGACAAAGAAGGAGAAAUUCAGGCAGGUGCUAAGCUGUCCUUAAACAGGCAGUUUUUUGAUGAGCGCUGGUCAAAGCAUCGGGUUGUUAGUUGCUUGGACUGGUCAUCUCAGUACCCAGAGUUACUGGUUGCCUCUUACAACAACAAUGAAGAUGCUCCUCACGAGCCUGAUGGAGUAGCCCUUGUGUGGAAUAUGAAAUACAAAAAAACCACUCCCGAGUAUGUCUUUCACUGCCAGUCAGCUGUAAUGUCUGCUACAUUUGCAAAAUUUCAUCCAAAUUUGGUUGUUGGUGGCACAUAUUCAGGACAAAUUGUGCUUUGGGAUAACCGUAGCAACAAGCGAACUCCAGUUCAGAGAACUCCGCUUUCUGCUGCUGCUCACACGCAUCCAGUGUACUGUGUGAACGUAGUAGGGACACAGAAUGCCCAUAACCUUAUCAGCAUCUCGACUGAUGGAAAAAUCUGUUCAUGGAGUCUGGAUAUGCUUUCACAGCCACAGGAUAGCAUGGAGCUAGUUCAUAAGCAGUCCAAGCCCGUAGCUGUUACUUGUAUGUCUUUCCCUGUUGGAGAUGUCAAUAACUUUGUGGUUGGAAGUGAGGAAGGCUCUGUGUACACAGCAUGUCGCCAUGGCAGCAAAGCUGGAAUCAGUGAGAUGUUUGAAGGUCACCAAGGACCAAUCACAGGUAUCCACUGUCAUGCAGCUGUUGGACCUGUAGACUUUUCCCAUCUUUUUGUCACUUCUUCUUUUGACUGGACUGUAAAACUUUGGACCACUAAGAACAACAAGCCUUUGUACUCAUUUGAAGACAACUCAGACUAUGUCUAUGAUGUGAUGUGGUCCCCUACUCAUCCUGCCCUCUUUGCUUGUGUGGAUGGCAUGGGAAGGCUUGACCUGUGGAAUCUCAACAAUGAUACUGAGGUGCCAACUGCAAGCAUUACCGUGGAAGGUAAUCCUGCCCUUAAUCGUGUAAGAUGGACAAACUCAGGACGUGAAAUUGCUGUUGGAGAUUCAGAAGGACAAAUAGUCAUUUAUGAUGUGGGAGAGCAAAUUGCUGUUCCCCGAAAUGAUGAAUGGACACGGUUUGGUCGGACAUUAGCAGAAAUCAAUGCAAACAGAGCUGAUGCAGAAGAGGAGGCAGCAACUAGAAUUCCCUCCUAAGUCUUUCUGAUGUGGUUUAGCACCAAAGUCUAGCAGUCAGUUUGGGAUGGGUUAAAUGAAAGAGUCAAAAGUGUAGCAUGUAUUAGUCUGCAAUGGAACUUGAAAACCAGAAUGUGGAAUAAAAUGUGGAUUUGACAGGUGUAUAAAGGUAAUUGAAGCAGGUCUUUUCAAUUUUACUUUUUAAUAGGUAAGUCACAUCAACAGCUUAAUCUGAUCAGCAUAAUUUAUUAUUUAUCCUGACUUGCCAAGAAGUAUCUUCUACUGAAACACUAACUGCACUGUAUCUUUAAAGUUAUUUAGGUUGUCCAACUUUCAGUAGCGUAUGGCUUUUCUGAAUGAUUUAAGUUAUAUAAGCAUCUUCCCAAAUUAAAUUGACAGACUGUGCUAUGAACCUGAGUCUCUGGGUGGAAGAGUGCUAUGGAACUGCUUAGAUUUGCGCAUGAAUCUGUUCACAGAAACCUUUAUCCUAAAUAUUAACGAACUAGGCUCCAGGCUCCAGUGGUAGGUCAUGUAUCAGAAUAGAAAGAAUCCGUAAAACUUUUUUUUAGUAAUGGAAACUUUCUAAAACAUGUACUUUAGAUUUUUUGUUAAAUCUGUGCAGUAUACUAUGAAUUCUUUAUAAAUAAACAGAACAUAAUCUUUUCUCACAA